AUGAAAACUCGUCCUGCCCUAGCUCAGGACAGAGCAGCCCUGCCCUGUGACGGUCUCUCGUAUGGUGUGACUGUGGGAUCUAAACGUGUACUGGAUACAAUGAACUUUGAUUUACUUCGUGGUCGUCCAUUACGUAUAAUGUUGUCACCAUGUGACCCAGCUUUACGUAAAUCAGGUGUUGAAAAUAUUAUGACAGAUGAAAAUGGUCAAUCGAAAGGUUUUGGUUUUGUUCAUCUUGAAACGCAAGAAGCAGCCGAUAACGCGAUUAAUAAAGUUAAUGGUAUGUUAUUAGCUGACAAAAAAGUUUAUGUUGGUCGUUUUAUGUCAUGUAAUCAACAUUCUGAUGCUGGUGGACCAUGUAAAUUUACAAAUAUAUUUAUAAAAAAUUUCGGUGACCAAUUAGAUGAAGAAAAAUUACGUGAACUUUUUGCAAAAUAUGGUAAAAUAACAAGUUGUAAGGUCGUUACCGAUGAAAGUGGUCAUUCAAAAGGUUUUGGUUUUUGUAGUUUUGAAACUUCUGAAGAAGCUGAACAAGCUGUUCAAAAUUUAAAUGGUUAUUCAAUAGGUGACAAACAACUUUAUGUUGGAUGUUUUCAAAAUAAAAAUGAACGUUUAUCAGAAUCAAAACAUAAAAACGAUUUACAACAAGAACGUAUGAAAAAAUAUCAAGAUGCUAACUUAUAUAUUAAAAAUUUGGAUGACACUUUUGAUGAUGAACGCUUGAAAAAAGAAUUUUCAAAAUUUGGUACAAUUACAAGUGCUAAAAUUAUGACAGAAAGCGGUCGAUCAAAAGGUUUUGGUUUCGUUUGCUUUAGUGCACCUGAUGAAGCAACAAAAGCAGUUACAGAAAUGAAUGGUUCUAUUGUUGGUUCUAAACCACUUUAUGUUGCAUUGAUGCAACGUAAAGAAGAACGUCGUAUGGAUUCAACUAAGCAACAUAUGCACCAUAUGGUAGCAUCACAUGUGGCGCCACCAAUUCAAUUACCAUUUCCAAAUAAUAUGGCCGGCAUGAUGUCAUAUUUACCAACACCAAUAGGUCCAUCACAACCACGCAACUUCUAUCCACCACCAGCAUUACCAACAUAUCGACCAACACCAUGUUGGGCAAGAGCAGCAGCAGCCGCUGCUAUAAGAUCACAACCAGGUGCACAAAUGAUUACUGAUAUGCAAAUGCCACAAUCAAUGGACGCCGCUCAACAUCGAACGGGUGGAAUGACUAAUCUAUCAGCACGAUCAGGAAUGCCAAUGGGAGCACGACCGACACCAACACCAGAUCAAAUGAUAGCUGGUGGUGCUGUUCAACCACAAACCGGUGUACAACAAUAUACAGCUUAUACAUGUACAGCACGAAAUUUACCGCCAAAUAAUGCCGGUGCUUUUCCUAAUUCAAUUGUUGUUGCUGGACAAGAACCAUUAACACCAGCUGCUCUUGCUAAUGCAACACCACAAGAACAAAAACAAAUGUUAGGUGAACGCUUAUUUCCAUUGAUUCAACAAAUGCAACCAGAUUUAGCUGGUAAAAUUACUGGUAUACUACUCGAAAUUGAUAAUACUGAACUUCUUCAUAUGCUCCAAUCGCCUGAAUCACUUAAGGCUAAGCUUGAAGAAGCUAUUGCCGUACUUCAAGCCCAUCAAGCUAAACAACUUGACGCAGCUAAACAAGCCACAACCAAUUCAGCUGCCUCAUAA